GGUAGUGUGUUAAACACUGAUGAAAGCGCUGUUCCUGCCAGGUGCAACAGGUAGGCUUGUUCCUCCAGGUGAAGUAACAGGCUACGCUUUGUGUAUGCGCAAGGUAAUAAAAAGGCAUUUGUGUUAAAUAGCAGAUCAGCACUAACGAUAUCAUAAGGUUGAGCAGAUCUAACAGAUCUGAGAUCGGAGCAUUCAAACAAGUAAAAUAAUUUAUUCCUGCACGAUAGAUCAGGGAGCAUUCAGGAGAUGUUAAGACGUCAUUAUGAAAGUGAAUGAAAUGUAUGAAUAUAGCGAGAAGGGGUGAGCGACCGUCAGCAUCAGCAGCAGUGCUGAGAUCAGCUGAUGAUCAGCUGACCGCUCAGCUGACACAGUCGCAGCUGAUCGCUGCUGUCAGAUAUUUUUGUCUAUUUCUACUGUCGUAGUGGAAUUUGGGCAGCUAUGACCCUGCAAUUUAUCAAAAAGAGAAAAAAAACCUUUUGAAAACUGGGAAAACCCUGUGAUUGCGUGACUUUUCCGGUUAUUUUGUCAUAUGUUACUUUGCAGUAUUUUCUUUUGAAAUGUCCCUCUAACAGAUUUCUCCUCCCCAGUCCAGUUUUGGGAUUUGUACAAGAUACUUUUAUUAAUAAACAAUUAAAACACGACCAACACACACAUAACUAUGAAUACGAUAAAGUUUAGCGUUGAGAGCACUAUCUUAAGAAAUAGUAAAGAGAAAGGCCUUUAAACGUGUUAUGUAACUGGGCUCUGAUGCAGUUUGUUUUGCAGGUCCAGGGUGUUUCCCUGCCUUUCACCAACUGCAUGCUGGGAAACUGUGGCUUCCACUGAAUAACAAUAACACAAUGAAUGUGAGGAGAGUGGAAAGGACAGUUCUGAGUGUGGAGCAGUCGGAGGGAGUUGGUGCUCGUGUCCGCAGGAGCAUUGGUAGAAAGGAGCUGAGAAACCUGGAUCCUUUCCUGAUGUUGGAUGAGUUUAAAGUGAGCAAGCCGGCAGGUUUUCCAGACCAUCCUCACAGAGGAUUUGAGACGGUAACAUAUGUUUUAGAAGGGAUCACAGCCCACGAAGACUUCUGUGGCCAUUCAGGACGACUGAAACCUGGAGAUCUGCAAUGGAUGACUGCAGGACGGGGUGUGGUCCAUGCUGAGAUGCCCAUGUCAGAGGAGCCGGUGGUGGGAUUACAGCUGUGGGUGAACCUGCCGAGACGAGACAAGAUGGUGGAACCAGCGUACCAGGAACUCAAAGGCUCAGAGAUCCCCAAACCCAGCCAGGGAGGAGUUACAGUCACUGUGAUAUCUGGAGAGGCUUUAGGAGCAAAGUCUAAAGUCUUCACAAGGACACCAACCUUGUACUUGGACUUCAGACUGCAGGCAGGGGCCCUGCAUAUGCAGCCAGUCCCCUCAGGAUGGACUACAUUCAUCUACACACUCUCAGGAUCCAUUCAUGCUGGCCCAGAUCAGGAGCAGCAGAAGGUUGAGCCCCAUCACACUGUGGUGUUUGGAGAUGGAGACUGUGUCAAAGUUCAAAACAAGGGUUCUGAAGUUUCCCAUUUUGUGCUGAUCGCUGGAGAACCAAUCAAAGAGCCUGUGGUACAACAAGGUCCCUUUGUAAUGACAACAGAAGAAGAGAUCAGGCAGGCUAUCAGGGACUACCAGACCGGCAGAAAUGGCUUUGAAAGGGCUGUAAACUGGAGGUCCAAGAUCAGAGACUCUUUCUGAACGCUUAAGUUUGCACUCAUGGCCCUGGUGAAAUUAUUUGCCAUAGUUGUUUGCUGCUAUAGGAGCACAUUUAUAGAGAUAUGUAUUUUGUCUAAAAAUGGCAAAAGUAUGAUGUUUUUUAGUGUAUGUGCUGUAUGUGUUUACAGGACAUUUAGUUCUUUUCAUCAUCUAUUUGAACUUUUUACGUAGUGCUUAGUGUGGGAGUGGACAACAUGCCCCAAUGUUAGUAGUGUAGUAGUUUACCCCUUUCUUGUAAAAUAUAGAUUUUUAUGGAAAAUGCUCCUAACUGCUGUCCACGCCCCUUGUUAAAUGUAAGGUUUAUUACAUUUUCCUUCUGCUGUUUGAAAUAACAGUGUAGCAGAGUUGUUAUGACUUUUAUGUUUGACAUUUUUUAAUGUAUGCAAGUUGUUUUGCACACAUUGUUGUUAUGAAGAUUAUUUAUCAUCAUAUGAGUAGGUAUAAAGGUUUUACAAAUGAUUUGAUGUUUGACACAUUUAUGUGACAUGGAAUUUGCUAAAGAGACAUUAACCUAAUUUAUCUGGCUGCUGUAAAACAAAAGGAAUCAAGCUGCUUGAUAUCACCUGACCUCUAUAACCAAAAAAAUCUUUACAGACCACAUAA